AUGGUGCCUUAUACCCUGGCAGCCAACGGUCGGGUGUUCUCUCAUCACGCCGAUGUUGAGCUUGUAGAUGUUUUACGCACGGACUUUGGUGACUUGGCUACCCCAGAGUUGUUGGAGCUUGAACCGACUGAGUUAGUUAAGGCGAUGGAUGACAAGGCCCAGUUGGCCCAAGCGCGAGCCGCUAAUAAGUGGCGAGCGGACGUACCCAUGUUCAACGUAGGACGUGUAGUCAUGUUCCGUCCUGCGAAGACCCCACACAAGUCCCAAGCGGAACGUAUGGGUCUGGCGGAUGUGGUGGCGUUGGAUCCGCCGGUAUAUCAUAUCGUACGAAUGAUAUUGCCCAUAUGCGGGCGUAUUGUAUACCGAUUGAUGAGCCGGGGCGUGGGAAUGUCACAACGUUGUCUCUCGGGCACAGUCUAUACCAAAUGGCUUAUGUACGAAAGCCCAUUUAAGGACGCAGAUGGCAAGGAGCGACAGGAGGUAGUUCAGACUUUUACAGCCUGUGCUGAUGCAGCUCCCUAUCAGAAUGGCAUCAAUACGGGCAUUAAUACGUAUUGGCAUCGCUGGGUUGCGCUCACCCAUAUUCAUCAACAUGAGCGUAAGGAAUCCUUUGAGGAGAGAGAUGCGGAGCUGGUAGCUCAGCAUAUUGUUAUGUUUCAGAGUUCUAAACCAAGUGCAUCACAGCCCAGUUGGGCGUCUGCAUCAGUUGAUGAAACCAACGGAGCAGGAAAUGCUUAUACCCGCCGUUACCGGAUACCGGAUACAACACAUUCGGAUCUAAAAACCAGCAAAGAAUCUGAAGAUUCGUCUGAAAUCUUGUUUCUACCUCAUGCUAAAGCUUCAAAAGCAAAAGCAAAAUCUGCUAAAGCUGUAUCAGCGAAAAAGAAAAAAGCUACUAAGACCGAUGCUAAGAAAGCACAGUCGAAAUAG